AUGCAAAGCGCCCCCUCUGGUCUGACAUUUGCAUCACACAGGGAGUACCCUGAUGUGGUGAAGGAGGACCCUGUGGUGGUGAGGGACGACCCUGCUGUGAGGGAAGACCCUGAUGUGGUGAGGGAGGACCCUGUGGUGGUGAGGGAGGACCCUGCUGUGAGGGAAGACCCUGAUGUGGUGAGGGAGGACCCUGUGGUGGUGAGGGACGACCCUGCUGUGAGGGAAGACCCUGAUGUGGUGAAGGAGGACCCUGUGGUGGUGAGGGACGACCCUGCUGUGAGGGAAGACCCUGAUGUGGUGAGGGAGGACCCUGUGGUCUGUGGUGGUGAGGGAGGACCCUGUGAUGGUGAGGGAGGACCCUGUGAUGGGAAGGCCCCUGAUGUAGUGAGGGAGGACCCUGUGAUGGUGAGGGACGACCCUAUGGUGGUGAGGGACGACCCUGUGGAAGUGAGGGAGGACCCUGUGGUGGUGAGGGAGGACCCUGUGGUGGUGACGGAGAACCCUGUGGUGGUGAGGGAGAACCCUGUGGUGGUGAGGGAGGACCCUGUGGUGGUGAGAGAGGACCCUGUGGUGGUGAGAGAGGACCCUGCUGUGAGGGAAGGCCCCUGA